GAACUGCCUAGUUAGGGGCGACUUCAAACUUCAAAGUCAAUAAUGGGUACAGCAUACAUGGGGCAGAGAACUCGCGUGUUAGGCCUGCGACAAGCUUUCCUCAUGCUGGUCGCAGGCUCCGAAUCUACUGCUUCUGCUAUUCAGGCUACACUCCUUAAUGUGAUCACCACUCCUCGUGUCUACCAGAGGCUGAAAGAGGAAAUCAGAACCGCCUUCCAAGAGGGCAAGGCCACGCCAAUUCCGUAUAAGGAGAUAAAACACCUUCCUUAUCUACAAGCCAUAAUAUACGAGGGUCUUCACAGUCAUCCCCCUCGAUUAGGGCUGUUCCCGAAGUAUAUACCAAAAGGAGGAGAGCUAAUGCAUGGAGUUCAUAUUCCAGAGGGAACUACUAUCUGCGCGAACCUAUCCUCUCUUCUGCGGUCUUCUACAAUUUUUGGAAAAGACACUUAUCUCUUUAGACUAGAGUAAUUUCUGGAGGCCGAUAAUGAAUCGCGGGAUGAGAUAGAAAGAACCACGGAGCUUGUCUUUGGAUGCGGGCAAUUCAUGUGUCUUGGGAAAGCCAUCGCAUAUAUGGAAAUAACUAAGAUAAUAUUUGAG